UUCUUAGCUAUUAGGUGCAAUUUUUCUAGAUUAUAGCCUCAUGGUUUUUUUCUCCCAAGGCAUGGUAUUGAGAGGAUUAUGUUGUUGGGUUUAAUGUCUGCCAGAAAUAUUCCCUUUUCUAUAUAUGAUAAUAUUCAUAAUCUCCCUCACCAACUCUACCUAAACCUCUGACCACCUACUGUAAAUUAUAAAAGGUGUUCUUGAGUUGUUUAUCUAAACAUAUACCACAAUGUGCAAAUCAUGAACUGUAUGUUUUAUUAUUUUUGUUAAGUAUCCAAUAGUUUUUUAUCAGACCAUUUUAGGGCUUCGUUAGACUGACUUGGACACUCUCUUGGCUCACCAAACCCUUGGAGCUUUGACCACUUUUGUUUAAAAAUGAUAUGGAUCAUCAAUGAAGCCAUCGACUAUUUUCCAUCAAAUCUUGCAGUGAUUGUAUGUGUUGCGUAGCUCUCUGUUAAUGGUUUUAAAAAUGAUAGGCGAAUCCACUGAGGUUGGAGACAAGAAAAAAAUCAAAAAUCUUGUGUCUCUAUGGAUUAGGUGACUUCUCAGUCUAAAAUCUAAAUUACACAUGUGUUCUCCUUGUUUUUUUAUUUCUUUUUUGCUAAGGAAACACAAACUAAUAAGGCCCUCUAAACCUAACUCUUCAUUUUAUAUGAUAUUCACAUUUGAGCCAGAAAAAAUUGUUUCUUCUACUGUUAGUUUUGUAGAGAGUUUUCGCUAAGCAAUUCAUGUUUAUUAAUUAGGUAAAUCGUGAAAGGUGUUAUAAUAAGUUCUAUUUUGGACAUCCAUCAAUAUUAUAUACGUAUUUACUUAUAAAUUUCAUAUUUCGAAUUUUUAAUUGUUAGAACUAAUAUAUCUUUUUGAAUAUAUUUAUAAAUAGAAAAUGAAACUCUAAAACAGCUAGAUCUAGAAGCUAAAUCUGAUAAUCUUCUCAUAGACGAAAAUAUUAAUUAUAAUAAUGAAAAAAACAAAUUUUAACGAUACCAUGUAAUAGUGUACACAGUUAUAUCACGUACUGUGUUCCAAUAAUUAUAGGCCUUCAAAAGUGGCGGCAAAGCUGACAACAUAUUAUAUUUGAUCAACAUAAACUUUAUGAAUUAGUAAAGCCAAUAAUUAAUGAAGCAAGCACAUGGCUAAAUCUCACUGAAUCUCUAAUUUAUUAAUUGAAAAGCAGCCAAUCAAGUUGUAGUGAUUAUUUUUUAAACCAAGUAAUUAACUAUCAAUUUAUAUAGUUUGAUACAGUAUAUCUCUAAACCCAUUAGUGGGUUUCUUAAUUUAAGCAUUGAACGUAUUAACUAUAAACUAGAGAUUCUUUUGGUCAACAAAUAAAUAUAUUAGAGAUAUCUUUACAUUUUUUGUCAUCCAUUAUAUAUCAAUUAUAUAGAUAUGAACAAUAGACAAGUAUCUAAUAUACAACUGGUAGAUGCCGAACAUGCAAAACUUUUAAUUCGAAACCUUAGAUAACGUGAAAACUUAGUCUUAAAAUCAAGCUAUAUAAUCACAUAAAAGUUGUCAUUUAAAGAAUAUUAUGUACUUCAACUUCAAGUUGUAGUUCAUCAUGUAUUUAAUAUCAAUAUUUUUUUAUAGUUUUGUUUUCAUUGCAAAAUGAGAUUGCAAUUUGCAAUGAAGAUGUAACAUUGUUAUUAUUAACCUUUCUAGACAUAGCCUCUUAACUUUUUGAGUUAAGCGCUCGCCAAAACUUCUUACAUCAGAAAUGAUUAAAAGAUCUCAGAGACUUAUAAGAAAUCAAUUGUUUAGUCAUCCUAAACGUUUAAUGUGGAGAAGGAAACUAUAUAGUAGUCAAAUAUUCGAAACCUAUAAGGUGUAGACACUUUGACCCAAUGGACUUUAUAGUCACGUAUUUUAGUAUUUACAUUACUUGCGCCAUUAUCUUCACGAGGUCUUGCCUUCUUGAUGUUCUAUUAUAUAUGUAACACAUAUUUUAUUCUUCCCAUGACACCGUCACACACAAACACAACCACAUGUUAUGCAUGUAUAGUAUAAAUGUGCAUGUCUUCAGAUCCAAGUCUAUAUAUUUAUAAGUUGUUAAAGCCUUGUCUUGAUCUAACGCCCUCAUCAACUAGUUGUUAGCACAAGAUCAUAUGUAUGGAUCAUCUAAUUUCCCUUCUUUCUCCAAUACCACCUUCAGACAGGUGGUGGUCGGAAGAAACAACCGCGGUUGUGACCGGGGCAAACAAAGGUAUAGGUUUUGAGGUGGUGAAGAAGUUAUUGAAGCUUGGACUAACAGUAGUAUUAACCGCCAGAAACGCCGAGAAUGGAAGCAUCGCCUCCGAUUCACUCCGCCGCGCUGGCUUUCAAAACGUUCAUUUCUUUUGCCUCGACGUCUCGGAUCCUUCUUCCAUCUCCGCCUUUGUCUCCUGGUUCCGUCUCAACUUUGGCAUACUCGACAUUCUGGUGAACAACGCGGCUGUUUCAUUUAACGCGGUCGGCGAGAACUCAAUCAGAGAGCCAGAGACAAUAAUCAAGACCAAUUACUACGGUGCCAAGCUUUUAACGGAGGCGCUUUUGCCGUUAUUUCGCCGGUCGGUCUCCGUGGGACGCAUCCUUAACAUUAGCUCAAGGCUUGGCGCAUUAAACAAACUGAGAAACCCUAGUUUAAGACAAACCCUAGAAAGUGAAAAGCUUACGUACGAACAAAUCGAUGCCACAGUCACUCAGUUUCUUGAAGAUGUGAGCAGAGGGACGUAUGAGAAGAAUGGAUGGCCGGAAAAUUGGUCGGACUACGCCGUCUCCAAGAUGGUCUUGAACGCAUACUCUAGAGUUUUGGCUCGGCGUUACGACGGCAAAAAACUAAGUGUGAAUUGCUUCUGCCCUGGCUUCACUCGUACGUCUAUGACAGGUGGUCAAGGGAAUCACACGGCUGAAGAAGCUGCCGCAACCGUCGCCAUGUUGGUUUUGCUUCCACCGGAGAAGUUGACCUCCGGCAAGUUUUUCAUGUGUGUGGAGCCCAAUAAGAUUAUAUCCAGGUUGUAAAUUCUAUAGUUAAUAUAAUCAUUAUUAAUGAUGCUUACAAAAAAACAUUAUUGAUGUUAAUUAAUUGCUUACUGGAGCAAAUAAAAAGUCGUAAGCCUUGCUGCGAUUUAUAUACUGAACUAUUUUUAUAUUUGCGUAUGUUUUGAUAAAUGACAUAUUUUAUGUACAGUGGUGGUUAUUACAGUUCUCAACUCAUAUAAUAAAAUUAUGAAAAUAUGAUAAACAAAGAAAAAUGAUGAAAUAUUAUAAGAAUAUCUCACCUUUUUGACAAAAAAAGUAAUAUCUCACAUUCAUAUAUUAUUAUUUUAUUUUAUUUUGAAAAUAUUUAUCAUUUCAUAAUCGUUCAUUUUUACUAUAUUUGGAAAUUUUUGUUUUCGACAAGUAAAUUGGAAUUUUGAAUGACGGAUGUUCUGUUUGAUUUACUCAGAAAAUUUCAUAGCAUUUUUCUCAAGAGGCCCUGAUCC